AUGUGUAUAAGAUUCGAAGAAGGGUUAAAUGAAGAUAUAAAGCUUUUAGUUGGAAUUCUUGAACUGAAAGAAUUUGUUGUCUUAGUUGAUCGGGCACAUAAAGCCGAGGAGCUUAGUAAAGAGAAAAGAAAUGUUGAUUUUGACGCUAGGGACUCGAGAAAGAGAUCGACUGGGAUGUCAUAUCAGUCAUCAUCGAAGAGACCAAAAGAAUAUCACAACCUUUCCACAGUUUCAGUGGGGUAUUCUAGUAGAGACAGAGGUAACCGACGUUCGAGUUCAAAGCCUCAAGCUACAUCUGUAGCGAGUGUAGGUAGUGUCAGAGAUAAUAGGCCCGAGUGUAAGCACUAUAAUAGAGCACAUUACGGUGAAUGUAAAUUGAAGAACGGAGCUUGUUUCAAGUGUAGUUCCUUCGAACACUAUCUUAGAGAUUGCCCAGAGAAGUCUGAGAAAGAAAAAGUUCAAACUAUGAGACCGAGCAACACUGCUGCGAGAAGUAGACCACCUCGUAAUCUUGAAAAUGUGAGUAAUAGCCGUGGUGGAACAAAAGACUCUACUGUAAGGUUUGAAGCACGAGCACCAGCUAUGGCUUACACUAUUCGCGUACUAGAGGAAGCUUCUGCGCUAGAUGUUAUUACUGGCACUUUCUCUAUUUUUGAUACUGAUGUUACUACUUUGAUUGAUGCGGGAUCAACCCAUUUGUAUGUAUGCACAAACUUGCACGAAGCCCAUAAUGGUAGCUUUUCUGUUCAUCUGAGAAGUAAUAAAAUGUACGGUGAUUUGAAACAAAUGUACUAG